AUGAGCUCGCCCAGUCCGCGCCCACCACAACACGGCCGCCGUCCUUCGCUCGUCCAGCAAGACGACGGUCUCUACCACUCGGCCCUGCCUACGCGCACCGGCAUGCUAACGUCCAUGAUGCGCUCCCGCUCCCAGCAGAGCCUGCACACGACCUGGCGCGGCCACCACCACCACGCCUCCGACGACGGCGACGAGCCGCCCGUCCGGGGCCGCUCCCGCGGCCACCCGCCCGCCGACGACGACGAGCUCGAGCGCCUGCUGCACGACGAGAACCGUCUCAGCCAGAUUCUCCACGGACCCCAGAACCGCAGCAUGAACCUCAUCGGCAAGAGCAAUCCCCGAUAUCGGUGGAACUCGUACUGGAAGUCGGAGGAGGAGCUGCAGGGCAUGUCGAGCAAGAUAGUUGCUUCUGUGCGAUGCAUUCUGUCUCGUGGCACCAAACACCCACCCAUGGUUCCCCCUCUUUCCGGCUCCCCCCAAUUGUCCGACUGGCUGGCUGACACAAAACCCUCUUCUCUUCCCACCAGACGCGAGUACUACGAGCGCACAAACGACCUCGUCCAGCAGUACAUGUACAUUGACUGCCUGCUCGACUCCACCAUCCCGCACGAGCUGCUCAACGAGUACAAUGCCGAGCUCGAGGCCUCGGCCUUUCGCGGCGUCGACAUCCCCAACACCAUCUCCGAGGAGCCCGACUCGUCGUCGCUGUCCGGCUCCACCGCCGACCGCUUCAACGGCGGCGCCUCGUACGGCUCGACCAACACGCUGCCGCCCGCCGUGCCCGAGAGCGCCAACAGGACGCCGCCCCUCCCCGCCAAGCGCACCCCCAAGGACAUCUUCCGCUCCUCGGAGAACCUGACCAUGCUCCCGCAGAACCACGCCGCCGACGACGACGACGACGAUGAUCACCCCGACGGCACCCGCCACGCCGCCGCCGACGAGAGGCGGCCGCUGCUCCGCGCCGACGCCAAGGACCUGGAGAACGGGCCCCGGCCGCUGCUGCCCUGGCUCGAGGAUGCCGAGAUUGACAGCGACGACCCCAUUGUCACCCUCGCCAUCUACGUCAAUCUCGUCGCCAACGUCGUGCUGCUCGCCGGUAAAAUCGUCGUCAUCAUCUCCGUCCCCUCCAUGUCCGUCCUGGCCUCGUUGGUCGAUGCCGUCCUGGACUUUUUGAGUACCGCCAUUGUCUGGACCACCACCCGCCUCAUUGCCUCUAGCUCAAGCGACCUCCACCGAUACCCUGUCGGACGCACUCGCCUCGAGCCUCUUGGUGUCCUCGUCUUUUCCGUCAUCAUGGUCACCUCGUUCUGCCAGGUCGCUCUGCAAUGCAUCCAGCGUCUCAUGGGCCCGGAGCAUGAGAUUAUUGAGCUCGGCAUCCCGGCCAUUGUCAUCAUGGCCACCACCGUCGUCAUCAAGGGCGCCUGCUGGGUCUGGUGCCGACUGGUGAGAAACUCUAGUGUCCGAGCACUUGCCGAAGACGCCAAGACUGAUGUCAUUUUCAACAUUGGCUCCAUCUUGUUCCCCAUUAUCGGCUUCUACGGCAAGAUCUGGUGGCUCGACGCCACCGGCGGCCUGCUGCUCUCCCUCGUCGUCGUCUUCACCUGGAGCCAGACGUCGGCCCACCACGUCCGCAACCUGACGGGCUUCGGCGCCGAGCCCGACGAGCGCAACCUGCUGCUCUACCUGACGAUGCGCUUCGCCACGGCCAUUCGCAAGAUUCAAAACCUCCGCGCCUACCACGCCGGCGACAAGCUCUUUGUCGAGGUCGACAUUGUCCUCUCCGCCAUCACCCCGCUCAAGGACUCGCACGAUCUCAGCGAGGUCCUCACCUACUUUCUCGAGUCCGUCCCCAUUGUCGACCGCGCCUUUGUCCACGUCGACUAUACGAGCUACAAUGCGCCCACGCAUAUGCUCAAACAGUCUUCUUCGUGA